CCUCCCGCCGCAGAGCGGGGAUCCUGCGUCCCGACGGUGCGCGGCGGCCCGACCGGCUGGCGGGCGGGCGAGCAGAGCCGGGCUCGCUGGGCUGCUGCGGGGCAAUCGGACCGGGCUGCGGGCGGCGCCAUGGUGGGGAAACUGAGGACCCGGCGCACCGUUUGCGCCCGGUACCGUCGGCGGUGACUGCGCGACGUGGGGAUGAAUAGGGCUCUCGUGUCCAGCCCGAGUCCCAGCCUCACUGAGCCGGCCGCCCCCAAGAGCUUCCCGCCGCAGAAGCCUCCCCGAGUGCUGACAAUGUCUAUCAUGGACCACAGCCCCACCACGGGCGUGGUCACGGUCAUUGUCAUCCUCAUUGCCAUCGCGGCCCUGGGGGCCUUGAUCCUGGGCUGCUGGUGCUACCUGCGGCUGCAGCGCAUCAGCCAGUCGGAGGACGAGGAGAGCAUCGUGGGGGAUGGUGAGACCAAGGAGCCCUUCCUGCUGGUGCAGUACUCCGCCAAGGGACCAUGUGUGGAGAGGAAGGCCAAGCUGACACCCAGCGGCCCGGAAGUCCACGGCUGAGCUGGAAUGCAGAGGUUCCUGGGCCUAUUGCAGCCAGCGGAGAGGCGCAGGAGGGGCAAAACCACAGACAUGCUGCUGAGAGGAAGGGUUGACACCUGCUGGCAUGGCCUUGCUGGGCUUCGUCAUCGCAUCCACUGACUCCUGGGGUCCCCGCUGUCCUGAGUCAGGACUCGGUGGCCCUAGUCCCCUCAGCUUCCUGGUGGAGCUGCCCAUUGCAGGCAGUGGGCAGACCUGACCUUGCUGGGGUUCAUGGCCCCAUAGCGCUUUUGUUACUUGAAUGUUUAGCUGAGCCUGUUUUUGAUGGAGCUACUACUGUUAACGUGUGAACUCACAAACCUGUGAGCUGUAAAUAGGCCCCAGAAGCACGUGCUUAAGCGUUUUUGACUUUUAAAAAUAUCCUGUAGAGCACUUGGGACUGACCACGUUAAUGGAGAGCAGAGUUGAGGCUAUGGGGAAGGUCCUAGACAUGUUAAGGCCCAAGGGCCCUGGAUAGGGGCCUUUAGGAAUACAUAUGUACGUGCACACAGAGGAUAGGACAUGCCGAAUGACCAGUUGGGGUGCUUUGGUGAUUUCUGCUUGGUUAGCAGUGGUUGGAAGAACCAUAAACCCCUUUCUGUAGGCAGAUCCCGUUGUUAAUACCAGUUCCUGUUGAUAGUGGAGCCGUUGCAAGGAAGUUGCUGUGGCUGCCUGGGAGCCGGUGACGGACAAGUCAGGGCAUGGGUCCCGAGGCUGCCAGGUGCCCAGCGGCCGAGCAGUUUCUUGCCCCUUUGGUCUUGUGCAUGCUAAGCAAUCCCUCCCCACAACCCAGCGGUAUUUAGCGCAAGCGUCGCUAGACACACCAGUGCACGUGGUGGCUACCUUUAGCUGAAAUCCAGCUGGCCCAGGGGAAACUGUGUUGUUGUAUUUAAUAUCUUGUGCACUGGAGGGGAGGGGGAACGGACUUUGAGGUUUUUCUCCCUUCCCUUUUCACAAAUUAGUUUCUUUCCUUCUCAGAUGAGUACCCACCGGCUGGGUACUGGAUUUCACUUUCCUCAGUGGGUCACCUGGGAGUCCCCCGAGCCGGCUCUUAAGAGGUCAUUUCUGUGUGCACAUGCACACGGGAGCUCCCCGACAGCCGUGCCUAGCGGGUCCCCUGGGGAGAGUGAGUUUCGGAUUCUGGACUUGGUUUUUGCAAAGAUGAGGGGUUGGUGGCUCUUAGGCCAGUGGCCCCCACAGCUCUGGUCUCCAAGCUGCCCCUUGUGUAUACUCUACAUGACCUCGUUUAGAUUUCUUAAUCCCACCACUGUUAAGCAAGCACAUUCUAAACUAUGAUGAUGAUGUGGCCUGUGUAGUCAUCCUUGGUAAUAAACUGGAGGCCAUCCCUGGCCUUCCCUGAAGAGCACUGGUCCUUAGCAUUAGCAUGAGCAGGGUGCUCGCUUCUCGGUGGCCUGCAGCUGCCCCAGUCACCCCCAGUCCCUCAAAGCUCCAGCCUUCCGGGCAGGCUGACGGUGGCUCCUCUGAAAAGCAUGUUGAACCAAUUUGCUUUUAGAGACCCAAGGAGGGAGCUUAGGGGACACUUAUUUUAGCAGCAUAUACCAGAAUUGGAGGCCAAACAUUAAUAGCUUGGGGAGAGAGGGGGUUGGCUAGUUAGGCAAUGUGAGCAGAAAGGGGGGAUGAGAAUGGUAGUUGGGUUACUGAGGAACCCACAGAAGGCAGCUGGGCUUUAGUACAGGAGAGCAAAGGUCUUGGGCCCCUAAGGGGAUGGCGAAGCGUGAGAGUUGACCUGGUGGGCUGGUGUAAGCAGGACACAGUGCAGGCAGGGAGGUGGGAGGUGGGAGGUCCAGGGGUGCCAACUGAGGAUCAGGGAAGGCUGCUUUCUAAGCAAAACGUAGGUAUAGGGAUGGGUGUUUGAUCCGUUCCCCUUGUAUUCGAACUUCCAAGCCGCCUACCUCUGCUCUCUAGUCAGCAGCACAUACCCAGGCUGUCCUUCACCUGAGUAACUGACGAGCACCUGAGGCUUUUGCAUUUUCUGUCUCAGCCUGACCCUGAGAAUGACGGUCACCUGUCAGCCUUGCCCUCAGGUUUUUACCUUACCUAGUGGAAUUCUGGUUUUGAAAUUAAUUGCCACUUUCUUAGUUUCGCUUCUUGAGAUUCGGUAUCUUGCACCUCACUUGCCAGGGAUGGCAUCUGGCAACUUGAAUCGGGCCUGUCAGCAUGAUGGCGGUGCCAGGUGAGGGUCGCAGGCCUGGCGGGGGCACUAGUAGGUCUCUAGGAGGAAAGUGAAAGUGCCUGUAGACCCAGUGAACCACCACAGAUUAGUGCUCAGCAGCUAGUUUUUAGUGUAGACACCAGAGCCUCACACUCAAAUGGCUUAGUUAUGUCCUCCCAUUGAAUUCUUUCUCAGUAGCCCAACUGUUGCAUUCAAAUUUUCUGACUAGUCAGUUAAAUUAACCUUUCAUCUCACAUGUCAGUGCUGAAGCAACAGCCGGGGAGUGGGGAGGGAAGUCUUUGCCCCUGAGCCACUAAAAUAGGGACUAAUUUUUCAGACAGGUCUUCAAAUGGAAUGUGCUACUGUUUUUGUCUCAAAGCUACCAAGUUUGUGCAAUAAGUGGAAGGGAUGUCAUCCCUAUUCAAUAAAAGCUGAAUGACAUUCAAGUUGAUUUUCUAGACCACUGAGAAAAUCUUUAUUUACAAUACAUUUCAAUAAAAUUUGCAUAAAUAUA